GCUGCUGCGGGCAUCUGUUCUCGUUGUUCGGCUGAUUUUCGGGGAAUUAGGAACUUGCUUUUCUUUUCCGCCUCCCCCUUUUUCCUUGGGUGAUCUCCGAGUCUGGGUCCUCCCCCGCGAUGCGCCCGCCAUCAGUUUCUCGGUUGUGUUUGGGGGUGACAGAGUUAGUGCUUGAUAACUGCUGAUCCAGCAAUGGCGAAAUUGAAGGUCUGAAUGACUCCUUUAGAGAGCUGGAGUUUCUCAGCAUGGCCAACGUAGAGCUGACAUCCCUGGCCAAGCUCCCCACCUUGAGUAAGCUCCGAAAGCUGGAAUUGAGCGACGACGUCAUUUCGGGAGGCCUAGAGGUCCUGGCAGGAAGAUGUCCAAAUCUCACACCUCUAAAUCUAAGUGGCAACAAAAUCAAAGAUCUCAGCACUGUGGAAGCCCUUCAAAAUCUCAAAAACUUGAAGAGCCUGGACUUGUUCAACUGUGAUGUCACAAACCUGGAGGAUUACAGGGAAAGCGUUUUUGAGCUGCUUCAACAGAUCGCCUACCUAGAUGGGUUUGAUCAGAAAGAUAAUGAGGCCCCUGACUCGGAAGACGAGGAUGAUGAAGAAGGGGAUGAGGAGGAUGAAGAAGAUGAAGAUGAAGCUGGUCCACCAGGAGAAUACGAAGAAGAUGAAGAUGAUGCGGGUUCAGAUUUGGGGGAGGGUGAAGAGGAGGAAGAAGUUGGUCUUUUAUACCUGAUGAUGAAGGAGAUCCAGGAUGAAGAUGAUGAUGACGAUUACGUCGAAGAAGGUGGCGAUGAGGGGGAAGAAGGCAGGUUCUGCAAAGCGUGAAAGCUGUUUGUUUUGUUUUUUUAAACAACAUGUCCAUUCUUUUGGCAUCUGUAAAUUAGCAAAUCUCAGCUCGCUGCCAUUGUCAGCUUAUGGCACAUCUGUUCAGCUCAUCUGUUUAACACCACGUAACCCUUGGAUGAAAUGGGCAAAAAAAAUCUUUUACGUUUAAAGGUGUACUUGGUAGUCCUGUUUGUCUGAGACAUAAAGACAUACCAAAAACUAGAA